GCAUGGGUGCCAGCUGUGGCCCAGUUGCUUGUGGGGCCUGUAGGAGGAGGACCCAGAGAGAGCAUUGGGUCUAUCUGGGGACAUCCUACUGCGAUGGAGAGGCUGAGAGCCCUUAGCGGUCUCUUUACUUGUGUGGGCUGCCGGCCCAGACGUAGACGUCACCACAGCAGAGGCAGGGUGACGGGGCCUGUCCCUGAAGCGGCCCCGACCUUUGCCACUGUUGUGACUUCUCUGCUAGAGCGUCUGCAAGACGAGGAGGGUGACAGAGCGCAGACUUACUGCGAGCUGGAGAGCGUCUUGUGGGGAGAUGACAGCCGCCUGCAGUGCGGUGUCGUGAACCGGCUGAUAGCAGAGGUGUCCCGUGACCUGACAGCUGAGCAGGGCGUGACGGAAGACACAAAGAUGGCUGCUAGUGACGUCCUGGUGGCUCUGGCCCGCUCCCACUUCAGCUUUGUGAUAGCCGAGCUCCAGGCCCAGCUGAAGGCCCCGGGGGAGAUCUCCAAGGAGUUCGUGCUCAUCACUGUGGGCAAACUCAUCAGCACCUAUGCCCUGCAGUGCAUCCCCUUCAUGCGCAUGAUGCUGUUGGGCCUGCGCACCGUGGUGGGCCAGUUAGGGAGCAGCCGGAUCCUGCGUGCCGCCUGUGGUGUUCUGGAGCAAUGGGCGAAAGGGGUCAACAUUUACAUCUGCACCUGGAAAGGAUGCCCCUUGCCUGCCACGGAGAAAGAGCAGCUAUACGAAAACCUUUCCCAGGUGUUCUGCUCUGUGGCAGGAAACUGGCUGGACUGCCAGGAGGAAGAGGACAAGCAGGCCGUCAUCAGGGCCAUGACUCCACUGAUGUGCGUCCUCCUGCACAAGGAGGAGCACCGGGAGCAGGUCUGGGAGCAGCUCCUCUGGCUCCUGCACCAGUAUCAAACGGCCCAAGACACCUCCAGGGUGACCAAGAGCCUCAUUUAUUUCCUGGAGGCCUUGGAGCAAGUUCAGACCCUCAUCCCCAAGGGCAAGUGUCUUGCCAUCACCAGUGUGGUGUACAACGAGCUCACUGACGAGACCAAAGAGCGCAGCCAGGACCAUAAGGCAGAGCUGACCCAGUGCAUCCUGCUGCAAGCUCGGAUCUGCCCAGAGGAGACGAUCCUGUUCCUGGAGUCCCAGCUGGGCCACGAGAGGGAGGCCGGGCGCGUGGCAGCCCUGGGUCUGCUCGGUGCUCUGGCACGCUGUGAUGAGCCCGCGAUGACAGAGAAGCUGCCCCAGGUCGUGGAGGCUGUCAAGUGUGUGUGCAGGGACCCCAGCACGCGGGUGAGGAGGGCAGUUCUGCACUUCAUCAGGGAGCUGCUCAGUGCCAAUGCCCAGAGCUGUUCGGCGUGGGACGUUGUGGGAUACAUCUUCAGCGAGUUCAGCCAGAGCUCGAGCAGAAGGGCUGCAGGACUCCUGUCUGCCCAGGAAGCCCGGGAAGAAGGAGGUCUCCAAGGGCUGUGCAUGGACGUCCUGGGGUCACUGGACAUCUCUGUGAGAGGGAUGGCCAAACUCCUGUGGCCGAGGCUGCUGAUAUAUGUGUUGCCAGCCAAGUACACGGGCAUGCUGAUCCCCCUCUCCCGCUGUCUCCGAGCCCUGGCUGAGAGAAAUGAGUUAACAGCAGCGUGUGAGCAUCAAGAGCUGGAUCCCGAUGUCCUCAACUCCCUGUUGCAAGAGACAACGCUGACUCCACAUACCUUGCUGGCUCGCCUGCUGGUGGUGGCGGGGUCUCCUUUUGCGGGCAGUGAGCUCCAAGCUGCUGCCUUGCUGGUGAUGCAGAGCCUCCACAGCAGGAUCCAUGGAGCUGUGGGGGCCAUGUGGAACACCGAGAUUCCCCUGCUGCUGCAGUACCUCAAGGGAGAAAACGAGAACAUCCCAGACUCUGCAGGGUGGGAGCGCCGUCUGCUUAAGUUCCUGAGGGCAUCACUGGAAACCAUCAAGGACGACGCCUGGGUCAAGCGCCUGAGCUGUGAGCUGAGCCAGCGGCUGGACAGCUCUCCCAGCGGCUCUGGGGAGAAGGCUUUCCUGUACAAGGCUCUUGGGACGACGCUGGGAGCUUGUCAGGAACUCCCACACGUCCAAGAGAAGCUGCUGCAACAUCUGAAGAAAGCAAAACCUGAGGAGCCAUCUGAGGCCCAGGGAAUCAUUUCUCUUGUCUGCCAAGCCGCCGACAGCCACUUCCGCCUGGUCUUGGAGACCUUCACAACAUUUGCUGCCACACUGUGCAACGUCCGGUGUUUUGGGGUUUCCAGACGCAAGAAGAUGACCCAGGCCAGCAUGAGAGCUCAGGCCGCUUGCAAUGCUGCCAUGCUCGCCUACAGCAGCAUGGCACUGCGUGCCUCCGAGGAACAACUGCUCGCCCGCGUGGAGGCAGACAUCGUGGGCAACAUCCUGCUGCUCUACAUCUCCAGUAGCAAGAACUUGCCGAAAAAUCUCGCCCUGGUGCAGAGCAUCACCGAGGUCGGUCGUGCCAUCCAAGCUGUGGGCAACUUCGGCAGCUUUGAUCCCGUCCUGCAGCACAAGCUGCUGCUGAUCCUGCAGAACUUGAUGAAGAAGACUCUCUGGGACUUCCCGGCAUCGUCACUGCACCUGAAGGUGAUUCUGGCCCUGGAGCAGUGGAGCAAGCUGAAGAUCUCUUUUAGCAGGAAGGAAAUUUGCAGCCUGCUGUCUGACUGCUGCCAGUCCAUUCUGAUACCUCCUUCAGCGGCUGAGCAGAUGGAGGAGAUAGGGAACGCAGAGGUGGCAGUGCUGCAGCUACAGUCUCUGCACGUGGCCACGAAGGCUCUGGGCCGGCUCAUGGCAGUCGUGCUCGAGACAAAGCCAACCCCUGUCGUCUUCGUAGACAUCGUCCACGUACUGUGGCUCUGGCUCUCCUCGGACAAUCCGUGGGUGCGCAAGAGGGCCCUGCAGGUCUGCGCCCAGCUGCUGGCGGAUUGCAGAGAUGGAACAAGAUGUGCCUACGUGCCGUUUGGCUCCUUGGCGGGAUUGCUGGGGCCUCUGACCUAUGACCCCGUGACCAGCUCCCGCCAGCUGGCCGCUACCUGCCUCAGCUCCCUUCUCCACAUCCAAGCCAAGGCCACGAACAGGGUGUUCGAGACAGACGACCCUGCGAGCUCGUGUGAGGGGCUGAGUAACCGGAUCGCCACAUCUCAGCAGCUCCAGACCUCUGUCAAAAUUGGAGAGAUCGUUUGCAAAAACUUCCCCAAAGAACAGGCCGCAGACUUCAUGAAUGCCAUCAAGGAGACCUUCCGGCGUGCCAGAGGAAGACGUGUGCGUGCUGCAGGGAACUGGAUGAUCACCUUCCUCAAAAUAUGUGGAAAGGACAUUCUUCCAGACGUGCCAGGCGUCCUCUUCAUCCUGCUCACCUGCACAUGGUCCAUGCUGGAGACCUCGUUCAUGUACUUUGUGCACGAUGCGGUGCUGAUCCUGGCCCGCUAUCACGAGGAGCUCACGAUUGAUUUCAUCAUCCAGAACUUUGUGCCUAUGGACAGAAACACACUGGAGCUGUGGAGGACUCUGGGGAAAGACAGCAUUGGCAUCUGUGUGCUGAAGCGCUUAUCGGAGAAGCUGAAGAGAGUGGGAGACAACAGCUCCAAGCCCAGCUCGUCCAGUCGCAGGCUGGAGGACCAGCAGCCUUCUCCGGAGUCCUUGACUGUCGCCUGCGCCAUCUCAGAAGUGGUGUCUGUGCAGUCCGAGGAGGGGGUCCAGAGCUUGCUUCCCUCCCUCCUCCCUGGGCUCCUGCUGCAGGUCAGCGAGGCACUGGGGGAAGAGAUGCUGUUUGCGCCCCUCAGCCCCUGGAGAGGGCUCUCUGAGGAUCAGCGGCGAGAGGACAACGUGCGCAGGCUGUAA